AUGUGGCCACGUGGCCAGUUGAGGAACUCUGAUGUUGGUAGAUGGAAGUGGGUUGAUAGGGGACCACUUAAGGGUUUAUGCAAAAUAUCUUGUAACAAACUUCUCUUUCUUCCCUGCAAAAACUAUUCUGGAGUUGCCGGCAUCCUUGAAUUGCCGUGGUGGAUGAUGAAGAUGAAGAGACGGAGAGAAGACAGGGACAGGGAUAACCUAAGUGGCUUUCCUGACGAUGUUUUGAUCCAUAUAAUGAAAUUUAUAAGCAUAAAAGAUGCUGUUCGGACUUGUGUCUUGUCUAAAAGGUGGAAGGACCUUUGGAAAGAUCUCAUUGUUCUCAAAUUCGAUAACAUCCGAGCUUUUGAUGAUGCAAAUUUUAAAAUGUUAGAGAUUCCGAAAUAUCUGCAAUUGCCGGCAUUAAAAAGCUUGCAUCUUGAAUAUGUCAUGUUUACUGCAAGUGACAAUGACUGUGCUGACCCCUUUUCAACCUGUAAGAUGUUGGAUACAUUGUUCAUUAGUAGCUUUCGUUUGCAUGAUGAUGUUAAAACCCUUCGCAUAUCUAAUUCUAACCUUUCUAGUUUGACCAUAUGCUAUCAUCUCCUUAGUUCUCCACCUUACAAAAUUGUGAUUUCUACUCCAAAUGUCAAUUCUCUUACUGUCAUGGGUUUAGAUAUUAGCAAAGAUUUAGUCAUUCUAAACUGGUUGAAAGUGCUGGCAAAUGUAAAGAUAAUGACACUUACUUCUGACACACUUUCUAUAUUAUUAAGUGAUCUCUCAAAAUCCGGUUCAACGAGUACACAACCUCCUUGCUUUGUUAGAUUGGAGGCAUUGAAAGUGAAAAUGCAAUCAUCUGCAAAACUACUUGAUGAGGAAGUAAAUAGGAUAGUGAAGUACCUACUUCAGAACUUUCCGCUGGCCAGAGUUGAUUUCAUUGAGCCACUUCCUAAUAAACCUCGACUAGCGAGGGUGGGUUGUGGUUUAUCAUGUUACGAGUCAGUGAAGGUUAUUAUUCAACUUGUCUAUUUAAGGGAUGCGAGUGAGGCUGAACGCCUUGCUGAGUUUGUAAAUGUAAUGUCAAACGUGUGUCAAAUUAGUGUCACACUAUCUGGAUUUGAGUAA